CUGAUCGCCUUUCAACUUCCUACAGUUCAACAUCAUGAGCUAUGAUAUCCACGGCACGUGGGACGGCAACAGCCAGUGGUCGGAACCCGUUGUCCAGCCACACACGAACCUCAGUGAAAUUGACGAUGGUCUGGAUCUUCUAUGGAGAAACAACAUCAAGCCGAGUCAGGUUGUGCUUGGCUUGGGAUUCUACGGGAGGUCCUUCACACUCAAGGACCCCAGCUGCACGGAGCCCAUGUGCCCCUUUUCAGGCGGAGCUGAGGCCGGCUACUGCAUGGACACGGCAGGUGUCCUCUCCAAUGCCGAGAUUCGUCGUGUCCUCGACCGGACUGGCGUCACGCCGAUCCUCGACCGAGAGGCUGGCAUCAAAUACAUUAGUUGGGAGGGCCAAUGGGUUUCCUACGACGAUGGCGAGACUCUAGCCUUGAAGACACAGUGUUUGCUAAUAACAGAUGCCUGGCUGGCAAGAUGAUCUGGGCCGUCGACCUUGAUGAACCCGGCUCUCCGACCCUCAAGGCUCUAGCCUCCGGCUCAAGCGGAGACGGAGGCAUCGGCGGUCUUCCUAGAGAAAUUUUUGGAGACCUUUCCCUCAACGCGGCACUCCGAGUAGACCGAGACCUCAGAGCGCAAAACGAGGCCCCUGCGACCCUGAUCCUCACCGACUGUGGCGAGGAAUGCCCCGUGGGGUGGCAUGCCAUAACCAAAGCAUCUGGCGUGUGGGCUGGAGCGGGAAAAGACGUCGAAGAGUGCAAGCUUAAUCGAGGUCCCAACGCGAUCCACAACAGGGACGUAGGCAGGGGCAAGCGGGCUCUAUGCGCACCGAACAAGAUGGAGGUAGGAGGCUGCUCCUGGGUUGGACAGCCGCUCUUCUGCAGUCCUCCACGCGUUUCCACAAUCCUGAAUCCUGGUUUUGGGGGUUGUCCCAAGGGCUCCAUUCACCUCGCAAAUAACAACAUGCCACCGAGCAGCGACGACAAUGAUAACCCCAAGGAAUGCUUCCCCGGCACCUACUCUGCCUUUUGCUGCAACAGCGUGGAGGUCAAACUCGAGAGAAGAUGGUGCGACGAGUUUGACUAUGGAAGCUUGGCAAUGGCUGGAGGCGUCGCGGGCGCCCUGGGCUUUAACGGCUGCCACUUCUUUCGGGGUGGCGAUAUAGAGGACCUCAUCAGGUUAGGGUACACCCCUUAUAAUCUUCCUCCUGGCAGUACCUUUGAAUGGCCCGAGGACCUGGACGAGGACGAGGACGAAGAAUGCACCAUGACCAUCACCACAUCGACGACGUCGUGGUCUACAACAAUCACGACAAGAACCUGCAACGUUCAAUCAUGGCCCCAGGCCUGCCAUAACUACGUCUCGGUCGCCAAGCACUGGAUGAGGCAUGGUCACAACCCAGCACUGCACAGCGAUCACCUGCUGUGUCCAUGGGUGCGAGAAACUAGGGGAAGAUCCGCUCCUCUUACGUGGAACGACCAGCAUGAGCCCUGGAGGACGUGGCUCCCCUGACCUGGGGGCUCGAUGUGCCAACGAGACGAGUAUCCGUUCUACCGGUUCAU